AGCCUCACUUUCCCAUACGUGCACAAUAAUAAGAGAGACUGCUCAAAAAAAGUACUCGCGGUGGCAAGCCGCAGAGAAAACAAGUCCCAGGAAGUGAUUUCCGGGUGAGAUGGGAGGGGCGGUUGAUUUCCGGUCAGAAGGCAGGAGACGGCUCUUGCGCAAGCGCUGUUCGUACUUUCCUGGCUUUUUUUUUUUUUUUUUUUUUCCCCUUUCUUCUCCCCUCCCCCUCCCUCUCCCAGCCUGAGGGGUCUUGAGGUGACAGCGACUGCAACUGCGACUCCAGCAGGAGGAGGCGAAGAUGGACAAGGGGAAGGCCGGGCGACGUCGAUCUUCAUCCGAAAUUGUCACAGAAGGAAAAAGGAAAAAGUCUUCAUCUUCUGAGUUACAUAAGAUAACACAGAUGUUAAAUGCGAAACCAGAAGAUGUUCAUGUUCAGUCACCACUGUCCAAACUAAGAAGCUCAGAACACUGGGAUCUCCCUUUGCAGGAGUGGAAAAGAAGCCUAAGAAAUAAGGUCCUAUCUCUAGACCAUAAAAGUAGAAAAGGUGUCCGUGGACGUCCUGUCACUUCUAAAACAUCACCAGAAAGGCAACUCAAAGUUGUGUUGACGAAUGUCCUAUGGACGGAUUUAGGACGAAAAUUCAGAAAGACCCUACCUAGAAACGAUGCUAAUUUAUGUGAUGCCAACAAGGUGCAAUCAGACUCAUUGCCUUCGACAUCUGUUGACAGCCUAGAGACAUGUCAAAAAUUAGAACUUCUUCACCAAAGCCUUAAUUUAUCUAAAAGGAUACCCAGAGUUAUAUUGACGAAUGUCCUGGGAACGGAGUUAGGAAGAAAAUACAUAAAGACCUCAUCUGUAACUGAGGCCAGUUUGGGUGAUACAGACAACUUGCAAUCAGAGCAGCUUUCUUCAUCAUCUGAUGGCAGCCUAGAAUCUUGUCAAAAUCUAAAUCCUCACAAGAACUCCUUUUUAACUGAAAGGGGUUCCCAAUCAAGUAAGACAGUAGAUAAUAAUUAUGCAAAGCAGGCUUCACACACUAAAGAAAAGCAAAGAGACGAUGGCAUUUCUCUUGUAAUGUCUGAUGCUCAACCUAAAGAGCUCAGUAGUGGAAGUAGAGGUUGUGAUCAUCUUGAAGAUGGGAGCAGAAAUAAGGAUGAUACAUUUUCUGAUUCAAAAGUGGAACCUGCCCUGACUUCCAGGAAGAGAAAAAAAAGGCUUAGAAGUAAUUUGCCUGGUUCUCAUAAUUCUACUUCUGCUUUGUAUGAGUCAGCAGAACAGAUAAAAAUACAAGAAAAUGACUCAGCAGCAUCUGCUGAAUUUGAGAAGCCAAGUGAAAACUAUCAUCAAGACUCAAAAGUGCUUGAAGAAAUUACACCUGAACCUGUAGAAACGGAUAUUGCUAAACUAUCCUUACUUAAUAGUCAGGAGUUGGCUUUGAGUGCUGCUCCCAAAAGUACCUCUGACUGUUCAACCACUGAAACUUUUGAGAGCUCUAUUUCCACUGAUACUUUGGGGAAUUCUACCCUGCUUGAGAAGGAUGAGUUGAAUGCAAUAGAAAAGUCCGUUUUAAGUGAACACAGUGAGGGGAACCAAUCUCUGAUAUCAGUUGAACCAAUUGUUGUUUCCAGUGAUGAAGAAGGACCUGUUGAACAUAAAAGUUCAGAAAUUCUCAAAUUACAACCUAAGCAAGACCAUGUCAUCACUAAUGAAAAUAAUACUUCUGAAUCAGCAUUGUCAGAACUUCCAUUGAUUACAUGUGAAUCUGUACAGGCUUCAUCUGAAUUAUGUCCAUAUAAUCCUGUCAUGGAAAACAUCUCCUGUAUUAUACCUAGUAAUGAGAUGGACCUGCAACUGGAUUUUAUAUUUACUUCUGUUUAUAUUGGUAAAAUAAAAGGAGCUUCUAAAGGUUGUGUUACAUUCACGACAAAGUAUGUUAAGAUCCCAUUUCAAGUAUCCUUGAAUGAGGUUUCAUUGCUAGUGGAUGCCACACAUUUAAAGAGGUUUGGGUUAUGGAAAAAUAAGGACGAUGAUCACAGUAAAAGGAGUCAUGCUAUCCUUUUCCUCUGGGUCUCUGCAAAUUAUCUUCAAGAGAUUCAGACCCAGCUAGAAAACUCCAUAUUAAGCCAGCAAUCAAAAUCCAGUGAAUUCAUUUUCCUUGAGCUACACAGUCCUAUUUCACAAAGAGAAGAAUUGAAAUUGAAAGAUAUUAUGACAGAAAUAAGUACAACCAAUGGAGAAUUAGAGCUUUCUUAUCCAUUAUCUUGGGUUCAGGCACUUCCUUUGUUUCAGAACCUCUCUUCAAAAGAAAGUUCUUUUAUUCAUUAUUAUUGUGCUUCAACUUGCUCUUUUCCUGCUGUUGCUGCUGAAGAAAUGAAGAGGAAAUCAGUAUCUCAGCCUUCAAAUACAGAUACAGCCAAGCCUACUUACACCUUCCUGCAGAAGCAAAGUAGUGGUUGCUACUCACUUUCUAUUACAUCUAAUCCAGAUGAAGAAUGGCGAGAAGUCAGGCACACUGGGCCUGUUCAGAAGUUGAUUGUAUAUCCUCCACCACCUACAAAAGGGGGAUUAGGAGUAACUAAUGAAGAUCUGGAGUGCUUAGAAGAAGGAGAGUUUCUUAAUGAUGUAAUCAUUGAUUUCUACCUUAAGUAUCUUUUAUUGGAGAAGGCAUCAGAUGAACUUGUUGAACGAAGUCACAUUUUUAGUAGCUUUUUCUAUAAAUGCUUGACAAGAAAGGAAAACAAUUUAACAGAAGACAAUCCAAAUCUUUCAAUGGCACAGAGAAGACAUAAAAGAGUAAGAACAUGGACUCGUCACAUAAACAUCUUUAACAAAGAUUACAUUUUUGUGCCUGUAAAUGAGUCAUCUCACUGGUACCUUGCAGUCAUUUGCUUUCCAUGGUUAGAAGAAGCUAUAUAUGAAGAUUUUCCACAAACAUUAUCCGAGCACUCCCAAGUUCAGCAGUCUCAACAUGACAACAAAACAACAGAUAAUGAUCUACAUACUGCUUCAACACUGUCUUUGGGCACAGAAGAUUCCCAAAGUACAGAGACAAAUCCAUCAGUACCAAAGAAAAUGUGUAAAAGGCCAUGCAUUCUCAUACUAGAUUCCUUGAAAGCUGCUUCUAUACAAAACACAGUUCAGAAUUUACGAGAGUAUUUAGAGGUAGAAUGGGAAGUUAAACGAAAAACUCAUCGUGAAUUCAGCAAAACAAACAUGGUGGAUCUAUGCCCUAAAGUUCCUAAACAAGAUAAUAGCAGUGAUUGUGGAGUAUAUUUACUGCAAUAUGUGGAGAGCUUUUUUAAGGAUCCUAUUGUUAAUUUUGAACUUCCAAUUCAUUUGGAGAAAUGGUUUCCUCGUCAUGUAAUAAAGACCAAGCGGGAAGAUAUUCGAGAGCUCAUUUUGAAACUUCAUUUACAGCAACAGAAGGGCAGCAGUAGCUAGUUAAUCUGUACAAACAUGACACAGAUGUUCUAUAAGAUUACUGGAAAGCCGCUUAUCAGCAUUUGUGUUAGUCAGCUCACAGAGAAGAAAAUAACUUGUGGUAGUUUUAUAAGUCAUUGAACAGUAUCUAAAAUAUAUAAGAUAUAUUAUUAGAUUGUUGAGAUCUCAUAGAUGCAGUGGAAAAUGGGGGUGGUAUAGAUAAACUUACUAGAUAGAAAUUAAAAUUUCAUAAAUAUUUGAUAUUUUUCUGAUUAAAUGUUUCUGAUUAUGCAAUAGCAUAUGUAAAUGUGGGAAUGUUUUUGUAGAUAAUAAACCUAUGUGAUCUGUACUUCCAUAUAACUGGGAGUUGAGGGGAGUUAGGUCCUCCCUGGUGCCAGCCCCAGUGCUUGUCAAGUUUGUUGGCAAGUCACAUUAUAUUGUAAUUCUCUUCUUUGCAGCUCAAGCAUGCAGUAUGAAUACUGUGUAUUUUUUUAAAGAAGAAUUUAGUAUUAAGGCUUCAGAAAAUGCCAUUUACGGCAUCCCUUCUGUAUCGUGUAAAAGAAGACACAAUGUUAGGAAGAUGAUAAAAAUUGACUCUUUCAAAGCGCAGCUUAUUUUUCUCAGUUGCUGAAUGGAACCGUUACUCUGCUGUAAAUUGUUAUAUGUUUUCUUUUUCUUUUGAUGUCGUAUGUGGGGAUCUGAGAAUUUAGUUCAUUCAUUCAGAAUGAAAUUUGGAACAAAAAAUUUUAACUGUCCAAAACAGAUUUAUAAAAAUUACAUAUGUAGCUCAAUUAGUUUAUUUGAGGUAUAGCUUUAUCAAUAUUGACUUCUAUCCUAUUCUGAUAUCUUAGAAUGUAUGUAUACAGUUUCUGUAAGUGUAGAAGAUAAAAUUGGUGUCCUCAUAACUUUAAUUAAAAAUACCCUCAAAAUCUUAUUUAUUAAUUGUUAGAACUAAAUAUAUAAUUUUAUAACUCUUUACCCAGUAUUCAUCUGCAAAAGCCAGAUUGCUAGAAUUGCUUUUAUAUUUUUAAAUUGUAGUUUUUAGAGAUCUAUGAUCCCCAUGGAGCUUAAGUUUUUAUUGAAUAUUCAGGUAACAGUUUUGAAUUCAUGUGAUGAUGGUGGUAUUACAUGGUUAAAGACUUCACAAGCUUUUGAUGUUAUCAGGAAAAUUUUGAGGGGACAAUGAUACUGUAUUUUCUCAGAUAAGAAACAUGUUUUCUAAGAGUUAUUUUGAUCUUCUGUUUUAAGCAUCUCUUGGAUUUAUAUUGUUAACUGUAUAUAAAGCAGUGAAGCAAAGGCAAUUUAAGAUAAAGCUAAAAGUUGGAACAUUUUAUUUCAAAAUCAUGUGUAUUUGAAUUUGUCAGUUAAUCCUCAGUGUUUUUGAGUUUUUGUUAAUCUUGUCAUCAUCUUUAUAUUGUUAAAGAUAUUUAUCUUUUGGAGAUUUCUUAUAAAGAUGGUUAUAAUUACAUGUUUUCAUUCCCAACUUGUAUGUGUAUGGGAGGGGACUUUUUAAAAAGACUAUUAAUUAUUUCAUACAUCUAAUUUUGGGAAAGCAAGUAUGUAAUACAUCUUCUUGUGACUUCUUAACUUUUUGUUUGUAUGUUUUUCAAAGGUACCACUGUCCUUUAUCAUGUUUUGAAGAUUGUUUAAAAUUCAUUUUCCUAAAUUCAUGUGGAAAUGAUGUGUUGAUUAUCCACAUUUUAUAUUAAACACGUUUCCAAUUCAUUAAA